AUGGAAUGUACCCAUUUGUUAGAUAACGUCAAGUUGGAUAGCGAUCUUUUCGGUGAAGGCACUUCGAUCACAAAGAACUUCGAUUGUUCAGAAUGUGCAAUCAAAGAGCAAAAUUGGUUGUGUCUGCAUUGUGGAGUGAUAAACUGUGGCAGGUAUGCAAAUGGCCAUGCAAAGCAACAUGCAGAGUCACAAGACCAUCAUGUGUGCAUGAGUUGUGAUGCUUAUUCCGUUUACUGUUACAAGUGUGAUGAUUAUGUUUCAAAUGAAGCGGAGUUUCAAACUAUAGAUAAAAUAAGACAAAGUAUUAUGCAAGUUAGGGAUAGUGAAAACGCUGAACCAAAUAGCAAUAUAGAGGAAAUUGAUAAUGUAAACAACGACGAAGUACCAAGCCCCAUUAUAACUGAAUUAGAGUCAAAUAAUAAGAUAGAAUUGACUCUUAGUGUGGAAGAAUCUGUGGAUGUAACUCCUGCCAGCUCUUGUGAGGCACCUGAUAUAGAACCUGGUGUUUCAGAAUCAGCAGAAAGCAAAACUUUGAAAAAUGCAGAAGAGCCAGCACGAAGCUUGCGACCUCGUUCACGGAAGCGAUCUCACUCGGAUGAUAAUACAGAAAAUACAAGUACCAAAAGCAAAGAAAAAAAAUCAUUCCCAUGUAAUGGGAAAAGUCAAAGAGAAAAAAAGAUAGUAGGAUUAAAAAAUUUAGGCAAUACAUGUUUUAUGAAUGCAGUGUUGCAAAGUUUGAAUAAUAUACAAGAGUUUAGUUGCUACUUUAGUCAGUUGCCGUCUCUGGAAAUGAAGACUAAUGGGCGGAAAGUGUAUCAUUCAAGGAGUUAUACACGGCAGGAGAUGCAAGAUGUUGUUAUGGCUGAAGAACUAAGAAAGGUGCUAAUAAAUCUAAACACGGGUGGGUGUGGGUCGAAAGGCGCUAUAUCACCAGAAUGCUUGUUCCUUGUCAUAUGGAAAGUGGUUCCACGUUUUCGUGGAUAUCAACAGCAAGAUGCUCAUGAGUUUUUACGGUAUAUGUUGGACAGAUUACACACGGAACUAUUGCAGCUAUUGCCGCCGGAUCGCGCGGAAGGUGGCUUUGUGCCCAGAGCUCCUUCUUCCAUAGUGACUGCUGUGUUCGGUGGGACCUUGCAGAGUGAGGUUCGCUGUUUAGCUUGUGGGUCAGAGAGCAAAAAGUUCGAUCCGUUUCUAGAUUUGUCUCUGGAGCUGCCGGAUACGGGCCGCCACGACGCGCCGGUCACCCUCACAGACUGUUUGUCCAGCUUUGUACAGAUUGAGGAGUUAGCUGAUACGGAACGUUACUUCUGCAGCUCGUGUAAGUGCAAGCAGAAAUCCACCAAACAGUUUUGGAUUCGGCGGCUGCCUAAUGUCUUGUGUUUACAUCUCAAGAGAUUUCGAUGGCACAAUUACUUUAGAACAAAAGUGGACACGAGCAUAUCGUUCCCGCUGAGCGCGCUGGACAUGUCGCGCUUCGUGCUGGCCAACGUGCCCGACACGCGCCGCUCCGGCCGCGGCUCCUUCCUCUACGACCUCGCCGCCGUCAUCGUGCACCACGGCUCCGGUGCGGGAUCAGGCCAUUACACCGCGUUCGCGAUCAACGAGGACCAGUGGUUUCACUUCAACGACCAGACGGUGCGCGCCACCGACGCGGGCGCCGUCGCCUCGUGCAAGCCCUACAUACUGUUCUACAUCCGCCGCGAGUUCUCGCUGCCCGCCGUCUCG